AAAGGUUAAAUAUUUGGAUUGCGACCUGUGAUUGGGUUAUGUCAGUUUUUAUAAUAACUAAUUUAAUAAAAUAAAAAUGUAUCGAAAAAUUGUUACGAAUCUUGUGAAGUUUGUUCCGAAAAGAAAUGGGAACAUGAUAAUGCGACCAAUGUCGGCAAAGUCAGUGGAAUCUAAAUCAAUUGAAAACUGGGAUUUGUAUGCAUCUGUCCUUGUGGAACGUCUGCCCAUCGUAUCAAAAAGUUUCAACGCCAUUGAACGUGAAUUCCAGGAGCAACUAUGGCGAGUAGAGUUCGAGAACAGUUUACAGUCUGAUCAUGAACUUAAACAUCAACGAGAUUUAAUACAAAGUGAACUAAUCAAAAAAGGAAAAAUGGAAGUGGACCUAGACGACAGCGCUUCCAAGCAAACAGCACAAGAUUUAAAAGAUGCCUACUCAGAAGAGUUAAAAAGUUUUCAAUUUGCUUUACGGUCUACCGCCGACGAUGCAACUAACAAAACGAAUUCAACAAAUCGAUGCUUAGAAGAUACUUUGUAUCUGGUUAUCGAGGAAUCAUUAAGCAAGCAAGCGGUGAAAAUGUUGCCUCAAGGUCCACGACUUGAUGGUGAGACCAUGCGUCAGGCGGCAGAACGAGUGCUACGUGAGAAAUGUGGCACUCAAUUGGAGGUUACUUUUUAUGGAAACGCACCAUGCGGAUUUUACAAAUAUAAAUAUCCGAAAGAAGUGCGUAAAAGUAGUGUCGGAGCCAAAGUUUUCUUUUACCGAGCAUCCCUACUUGGCGGUAAUGUCGAUACAGCAACUGCGAAAAAAUUUGAAUGGCUGACAAGGCCAGCAUUAGAGGAACAACUUCAAAAAUCUGAAUAUUCAGAAAGUAUACAAAAAUUUUUGUUAUAGAAUAAAUGUACAUAAGUACCCAAAACAUGUUAAUAAAUCCUCGUUAAAAUCAA